UAUCCGUUUAUUGUUGUAUUUUUUCUUGCAUUUUUAAUUUCUUUUCACCCACUCACUGGUUCUUCCUUUGUUCCUUGGCCGUUGGAAGAGAAGAAAGGGAGAAUCCGGAAGUGGAGAGGUGAGGGUGUGUCAGCGUGUGUGGCCAUGGCAACUGCUGCGGUGGCAGUGAGCUACUGCUACUGCAAGCCUUCGCCAUUUCUGGGCCAAUUCCCAUCUCACUUUGGGAAAUGUUUAUCGUCCUUUGGCCAGGCUGAGAACGCAGGGAAGGCAUCUAAAACCAGUGCAAUAUUUUGGGGAGCAAAGAAGUCUGUGGAACCAAAGGGAUUGGACCUUUCAUUAGGUGAUUUCACGAUAACAGUGUCAGAACCAGAGCGAGCCUCAGAAGAGCAAAGGGUAUCCAAAAAGGUUUCGCUUUCACUUAUUUCUUCGAUCUCCGAGGUUUCAGCAGAUGCUUGGGAUGCAUGCAAUCUUGAUUCUACGGGCGCUGAGAAGUAUAAUCCAUUUUUAUCCCAUGGGUUCCUUUCCAGCUUGGAAGAGACAGGCUGUGCAGUCAAGGAGACUGGAUGGGUUCCUAGCCACAUUGUUGCGAAGGAUGCAGAUGGUGGUGUUCUAGGUGUUGUUCCACUUUAUCUCAAAAGCCAUUCAUAUGGAGAAUUUGUGUUUGAUCAUUCUUGGGCUGAUGCCUAUUAUGGUUUUGGAACAAGAUAUUAUCCCAAGUUUCAAUCCUGUGUACCUUUCACUCCAGUCACUGGUCCUAGGAUUCUAAUUCGUAAUACCUCACUAAGAGAUCAAGUGUUUGAUGUUAUUGUUUCCACUCUCAAGGACCUGACAACCAAGUCCCAGCUUUCUUCAUUACAUAUUACCUUUCCGACAGAGAAAGAGUGGCAUAGAUUUAAGGAAAACGGAUUCCUUCAGAGGAUUGGAAUGCAAUACCACUGGAAAAAUCGCAACUAUAAAAAUUUCGAUGAAUUCUUGAUGGAUAUGAAGCAAAGUAAACGGAAAAACAUUCGCCAAGAGCGUAAAAAGAUCUCUACACAAAACCUCACCAUGAAACGGCUCCGAGGUUAUGAGAUAAAGGCAAGUCAUUGGGAUUCUUUCUACACAUUCUACAGAAACACCACCGAUAACAAGUGGGGCACUCCAUACCUGACAAGAGAUUUCUUCCACACCAUGGGAUCAAAGAUGGGAGAUCAAGUCCUGCUUGUCAUUGCUGAACAAGGGGAUGAAAUCGUUGCAGGGGCACUUAAUCUAAUCGGCGGAGACACACUAUUCGGACGCCUAUGGGGUUGCGACCCGAAAGUCUACUAUCCGGGUCUACAUUUCGAGGCAUGUUAUUACCAGGCAAUGGAAGCAGCGAUUGAGCUCAAUUUGAGUACUGUGGAGGCUGGAGCUCAGGGUGAGCAUAAGAUUCAGCGCGGCUAUCUACCAGUGCCGACGUACAGCUGCCAUUACCUGACAGAUGAAUCUUUCCGGAAAGCCAUACAGCAGUUCUUAGUCAGAGAAUCGUCUCAGGUUGAGCUGGUAAUGAAGCUGUUACGCGAUGAUGGUCCAUUCAAGGAUGGGAUAGAAUAGAAUAGGCAAGGGGCAAGAUUUGUUGGAGGUGCUGAUAUUUUGCCUCAGUGUAAAUAUAUAUUUGAGGCGCUC